CUUGCCCAGAUUCCACAAAAGGUUCUGUGGAGAUUUGAUGGCAAAACACCAGAUACCUUAGGGCAGAAUACUCGGCUGUAUAAGUGGAUCCCCCAGAAUGACCUACUCGGUCAUCCAAAGACCAAAGCCUUCAUAACUCAUUGUGGAGCCAACGGCAUCUAUGAGGCAAUCUACCACGGGAUCCCGAUAGUGGGCAUUCCUUUGUUUGGAGAUCAACCUGAUAACAUUGCUCGCUUAGAGAUCAAGGGAGCGGCUGUCAGACUGGAUUUGAGAACACUGUCUAGUACAGAUUUGCUCAGUGCAUUGAAGAGAGUGAUUAAUGACCCUUUAUAUAAAGAGAAUGCUAUGAGAUUAUCAAGAAUUCAUCAUGACCAGCCAAUGAAACCUCUCGACCGAGCGGUCUUCUGGAUCGAGUUUGUCAUGCGCCACAAAGGAGCCAAGCACCUGCGGCCAGCCUCCCAUGACCUCACCUGGUUCCAGUACCACUCCCUGGAUGUGAUUGGGUUCCUGCUGGCCUGUGUGGCCACUGCUCUAUUUGUCAUCACAAAAUGUUGUCUGUUUUGUUGCUGGAAGUUUGCUAAAAUAGGAAUGAAGGAAAAAAAGGAGUAGUUGUUUGUGAGGCCGGAAGCUGGGAUGACUCACAGAUGGGCCUCCUCCAGUUUAUUCCAGCAAGAAGCUGUGAUGUAAGGUUCCCUUCCUCCUGCGAUAAAACGACUUUUCACAA